AUGGCUGCUCGCUUUGCCAAGCUUACGAAAGCUUGGCAGAACCUGAAGCUUAGCAAGAGCCGGCAAGCCAAGGGCAUGCCGUGGCUACGCUGGGAGGAGGAAGAAGAGAGGGAGUGUGAGCCGGGUGCACAGGCUUUGACAUUUAACUGUCAGAUGGUGCGACUUAUGGUUGAGCACCUGCAGCAGCUUACUUUGGUCUCGAUCGUUUUGCUUCAAAAGGUAGAGGAGUUCUAUGAGAACCAGGGGUGGGAUGUGACUCCCUCCCGCAUCUACAAGGACAGCUGGGGCCUUCGGAAGUUGUACUCCUAUGCCCUGAGACGUGAAGCUGAUUGCCACAAGCGAGGGCAAACACCUGCCGGCGAGGCAGUCCAGAAGCUGUUCCAGCUCAUCCGGGAACUCCGGAAUACGCUGCCCACUCCUGCCCGAAAGCUGAAAGGUUGUGUCAAGCAGAUCUAUGAGAGAAAGAAGGCAGAAGAGGGAGAGCGAGCAGACGAGGAGCAGGAGGAGGAGGAGGCCCUCGAGACACCAGUAAGGCGACUUCAAGCGAAGACAGCAGUCGCUGAGGAGGAAGUGCUUUUUGUGGGCUCUUCGGAAACGAAGGAAAAGAAAGAGCUUAAGAAAGUUCUUGCUCAGAUUUCUGAGCUGAAGCUUCUCCAGCCCGACAAUGACAAGGAUGGCCCGAAGGAGGCUGAUCUUGUUGAUCCGCAGAUGCAGAGGUCGAUGAGAACUGCGAAGAAGGGCAAGGGCAAGGGCAUGUGCAAAUCCAGCAAAACUGUGAUUAAGAAUCACCUCAAGGAGAAGCCCGAGCCAAAGAAGGCCAAGGCCAAAGGAAAUUCUAAGAAGAAUAAGAAGGAUGCAGGCGGUCCAGUUGCAAACAUACUGAUGGUGAUCUUCAACAUUGUCAGCAACAUGGAGUUUGAUGCUGUGGAAUUCUUUGUUCAUCACACAAUGGAUGCAAGACAACUUCUGAAGUCCCUGGAGGCUCGUCGUGAGCAGGAGCAGCUGACAACGCCAGCUGCUGAUCUCGAGGAGGCUGAAGAGCCUCCCAGCAAGAAGCCCCGGCUUCGAAAGAAGAAGUCGAAACGAGGAAAGCUUGAUACUGCUGCCGAGGAUAAUGAUCUAGGGCAGGAAAAGGGGACACCCGAGAAGCCUCCCCCGAAGCCUUCUGCCGCAAAGAGCCCGGUCCGUUUUCAGAGCCCCAGGCCUACUGGUGGGGCUGCCUCCUCAGGCCUAGAGCGAGUGGUUGACAAGGGGGAAGAUGCCCAGGAUGUUUGGGGAGGGUCGGAGCCACCUUCCGCACCAAAGGCCUCGACACCCCCGCCGAAGACUUUCAGCCCCAAACCUGGGACCCCAAGCUACGACAGUGCCACCGAAGGCUGGGACACCAAAGAAGGCUUCGACACCAAAGGCUUCGACACCCAAGGCUUCGACACCCAAGCCCUCGACACCCAAGCCCUCGACACCCCGACCCACGCCCCAGAACAGACGCCCAAGAAGGCGACACCACGAAAGUCCCUGCUUGCAAGUUUUGACGAAGCUUGUGCCCAGCCUCCCGCAGAAGUCUUGACUCUUCCAGCACCUCGGUCCGACUCCGAGAACGAGGAUGACGACAUGCUGCAGUUCGCACUACACAACAUGAUCGAGGACAAGGAUAUCUACGGCACGCCACUGAAGGAGCUGUUCACGCAGAGGGUGAAGCACACAUACACGCAGAGCAGGAAGGACAAGUACCAGAAGAAGCUUAUUUGGUACUAUUGCGAUAUUGCCUAUGAGGCUGUUCGCUCCGACAAGGACGAGGAGCAGAUGAGCCGAGAGACGGGACUGGGUGAAGCCCAAGUCAGUGAUGUGCCUUUGGGACUGGGGGCGAGCCUUCCCAACCUCAACUCCGACGAUGAAGACGAUGUAGAAGCAGAGGAUGAUGAUGAAGAUGAAAAGGAUGAGGAUGCUGAGGAGGGUACGCAGCCAACGGCUAAGCUAGGAAAGCGAAAGACCAAGGAGGAUCUAAAUGAUGUGAACGAGGACAGGAAAGCGGAUUUGCUGAAGACCCAGAUCAAAGAACUGGGUGUGAAACAUGAUGAACUCGCCGACAUAAAGUCUGCCUAUGACUGCGACGAGGAGAUUGAUUCCGGGAUGCUGGGCAGCAUGAAGCUGACUAAGCUGAUGGGCCAGAUCAACAAGCUGUCGAGUCGCAUGGCUAUGGAGGAGAACAAAAUCAAGAAGACUGUGUUGUCCGGUGCCAAGACGGAAAAGCCGAAGGCGGCCCCCAAGCCUGAUCCCGCAAAGCCAAAAGGCAAGGCCAAGGCGGCGAACAGGUCGCCGAAGUGUUCUGACCUCGAGCCCUUGUCCCACAAGAUACGGGGGCACUUCAUGUGCAACUUCGGGGUAUCACAUGAGUUGGUUGCCGGGGUGGCACGUGCCGUGGAGUCGGAGAUCAACGAUUCUUUUGGGGAGGAGGCUGCCGCAAAGCUAAAGUCUUACAAGCUUCUUUGCAAGAUGAGUCGUGGGCACCUCACCGGUCAUGCAGCACAGAAGACCCGAGACGCUUUGGCUACUAUGCCAGAAAGCCAGGCACCAAUACCGGUAACCGGAGUUGAUGUUGGCUUGAAGCAGCUUUUUCCGUGUAUUCUGUUUUCUGAUUAUCUUCGGGUGCUAGCUGAUCAGAACAAGCUGAACGUGCUUACAAAAGAUGUCAACCUUGAAGCUUUCUGGGACAAGAUGCAACCGCUGAGACCACAGCAUCCCAUCUUCCAGCUGCCUGCAAGUGCAAGGGCUUGUACCAUUCCACUCUACCUCAUAGGGGAUGAGGGCCGUGGCUACAAGAAGUCAGCUGUUUUCGUGUUGGGGUCAGAAUCACUGCUCGGCGAUGGCUGUGAUGCACAAGACUCGCAAACUGCAGAGGACAAGAUGAAAAUGAACUUCGUGGGAAAUACUUUUCUUACCAGGCAGCUGUUCGCAUGCAUGCCCAAGUACUUGUAUGCCAAGAAGGACCUGCCCCUUCACAAACUUAUCAAUAUCUGGGCAGAAGAUUUUGCGAAACUCUUCUACGAUGGCCUGCAGAUCCGCAGCGGCGGCUGCACGCAGACAUGGCGGGUCGCUGUUCUGGGUUUGAAGGCUGAUUGGCCGGCUCUGGAUAAGCUGGGUCGUUUGCUCAGGCACUUUCGGCGAGAAUCGUACCCCUUCAAGCAUGGAAUAUGCCACUUGUGUAUGGCCAACACUCGGCAGUGUCCAUCGUGGCAUGAAUGCAACUUUGAGACGGCUCCUUGGGUACAAAGCAUUGGUGGUGCAUCUUAUACUAUUCCUUGGGAUCCGAACAAAGAGUCUGGGCUCACAUCGAAGAUUCCCAUGGCAGUGGAAGACAAGCCAAAGUUCUAUCUGAUAGAUCUGUUCCAUACUUGUCACAAAGGAGUUUCUCUAUGGGAUUUCAAGCUGACUGGAUCUGAUGCCAGAGGUCUGGACAAGAGCCUGGAAUUUUUGUUUCAGGAGAUGAAGCAAUUUUCUGCUGAUCGAGGUCUCUACUUGCAUAUGAAUAACCUCACUGCGAAGGGACUGUUGGGGAUCAGCUCGUCAGCAGACUUCCCUGUCGGGCAGUGGUUCAAAGGUGCCGAUACCACAUUUGUGCUGAAAUAUCUGAUCUGGAAGUACGAGGCUCUACAAGAGUCAGGUGCCCUGGAGGGCCACAGCGAGGCUGAGUACUUGGGUCAGAUUCUGGAGUGCCUGCGAGCCUCCGAUGGGUUCCUCAGCUGCUUGUAUAAGGCGGGGUUGUUCUUGAACAACCGUCGCCUUAUCAGGAUUUGUCGGCUGGCCACGGCGAUGGUUACAAAGUAUACCAAAAUUGCGGCGAUGGCACAUUCAAGAUCCUUGCCCAGGUUCAAAUUGACACCGAAGUACCAUAUGCUGCUGCACGUGGUGCACCAGCUGCUGGUGGACAAGGAGGCCAAUCGGUCACCCGUCAACCCGUUGGCUUAUUCAUGCCAGAUGGCAGAGGACUUCAUUAAUCGAAUUGCAACUCUGGCAAGAUCUGUGAACCCACGUUUUGUGCCCGAGAGAACCUUGUACCUCUACAAGGUCGCACUCGCAAAGGUGUGGGAGUGA